UGCAAAUCCCAUUUUUCUAGAGAAGAUUAUGUUGGAGUAUCAGGAAGAUGGUUUGAUUGACAAUAGAUGUGUCAAUGAGAGUACAUUUGAUGAACAAGAACUAACAAUGUCAAUCGCCACUGAGGAUUCUUACUCUAAGGCCACGGGUCAGUCGAACAAAGCAGAGAUGUAUCUUUCUGCUGUCAUAGCUGAGCAUGAACUACAGGCAAAAGGGCAGAUGACUGAAACUGGACAAGACAGAUUUGGAUCAUCAUCUGCAGAAACUAUGGAAACACCUCCUGUGUAUGUAGCUUUUAGAAAUGGAUUGAAAUAA